AUGUCUCUCCAAUUUUCUCCACAGGCACCAUGGAGGAACAACAACAUCACCUUUCUGAACAAAGAGGCUCCUGUCUCAGAACAAGGAGAGACUAUUAUAGGCUUCUACCUACUGGCUUUAGGAUGGAUGUCUUGGUUUGGAAACAGCAUUGUGAUUUUUGUACUCUAUAAGCAGAGAGCUGUCCUGCAGCCCACGGAUUAUCUUACAUUUAAUCUGGCUGUAUCAGACGCAAGUGUGUCUGUGUUUGGUUAUUCCCGGGGGAUCAUUGCAAUCUUCAAUGUCUUUAGAGAUGAUGGAUUCCUCAUCACAUCGAUAUGGACAUGCCAGAUUGAUGGAUUUCUGACACUUCUGUUUGGCCUGGCUAGCAUUAAUACCCUUACAGUGAUCAGUGUGACUCGCUACAUAAAGGGCUGCCAUCCAGACAGAGGGCAUUGCAUUAGCAACAGCAGCAUCACUGUGGCCCUGGUUCUCAUCUGGAUAGCAGCUUUCUUCUGGUCAGUGGCUCCAGUACUUGGAUGGGGCAGUUAUACAGAUCGCAUGUAUGGCACCUGUGAGAUAGACUGGGCAAAAGCCAAUUUCUCUACAAUCUACAAGUCCUACAUUGUGUCUAUAUUUAUCUGCUGUUUCUUUCUACCUGUGAUUGUCAUGGUCUUCUCAUACGUGUCUAUCAUCAACACUGUCAAGUCAAGCCAUGCACUAACUGGAAUGGGUGAUCCAACAGAUAGGCAGAGGCGAAUGGAGCGAAAUGUCACUCGGGUUUCUAUUGUCAUUUGCACAGCCUUUAUUAUAGCAUGGUCUCCAUAUGCUGUCAUCUCAAUGUGGUCUGCCUGUGGCUACUCUGUGCCCAAUCUAACCAGCAUCCUUGCCAGUCUGUUUGCCAAGUCUGCCAGCUUCUACAACCCCAUUAUCUACUUUGGAAUGAGCUCCAAAUUCCGAAGGGACAUUUUCAUCUUGCUGCAUUGUGCUAAGGAGACUAAGGACCCCGUGAAGCUCAAACGCUUCAAAAACCUCAAGCAGAAGCAGGAGCCUUCUCCUUCUCAGAGAGAAGAGAAAUAUGCAGCGGAGGUCCAGCCUGCACCCAGUCCUGAUUCUGGGGUAGGGAGUCCAACCAACACCCCACCUCCCAAAAACAGGGAAGUGUAUUUUGGUACCUUUGAUUCUGCAUCUACCAACCCCAAUAUUGAAUGUGAUAGACUGUAAGGCUGAAAUUACCAUGUGCAUCCAGUGUAUGUACAAGUAGAACAGAUUCAGCUCACCACUUCUGAGCAGCUCCCUAAUUCCCAUUCCAUCUGUCUCUUACUAUAGAACUAACUCCUGUAUGACUUAAAGCAAAUCAGGAUGUGCUAAGCAGAUAUAAUUCUUAUUAUAUAUUGGUUAUAAAAUGCAGUUCAGCAAAUACAGUGGGCAUCAAAUCUAGUGCCGGGGGAAUUUUUCUGGAUCUACAGUACUGCAUUUGAAAGACUUUAUUUAGAAAAUUUAUCGGUUAGCCAAAAUCACUAAUAUUUUCAUAUCCAAAUUAUAUUAAUUAGGUGAUUUCAUUUCCCAGAUUACAUUUUGCCACCCUUUUCCACCCUUUAACAGUCCCGGGUUUAUCCGAUUCCUCUGGCUCCACAAUGCUGCCGUUAGAUAAAGGCCAAAAGGGAAGUCAGUGUCUGCUAAGAUCACUAUAAUGCUGUUCCAAGAUUGGCCACUAGAGGAUGCGCAAAAGCCACAUGCUCUCUGUGAGAGACUAACACUGUCACCUCCAUGAUGCUCUCCGGCUACUCAAACUAGAGGGAUGAGUGGGUGUGGCUGGUGUAGAAAUAAGAGUCCUGAAGUCUAGCUAGAACUGAGUGCAGUAGCAGCCAUGUCACUGGGCUAGUUGGCAAGCUCUUUGUGGUAUUGGCGUCUUUUAGUACUUCGCUGAACUAUGAAUGGCAGUGUCACACCUGUCUUUGUUUAUUUGCUGAAUUAUAUUAAUCUUUCCUGAUUUUUUGGGUGAGAAGGGCAUGAUCAUAACAUUCAUACUCAGGGAAGUUGGCCUUAAUUUUCUUCAUACAUCUCCAAACUGAUCUUUUCACUUGGCUAUUAAAUCUGAGUAAGAGAUGUUGCACGGGCAAUGAAACUAGCAAGAAGCUGUUCUCACAAGAGUACCAAUAAAGUAUGGGUUGAAAAUUAUUUAAAAAACAAAACCAAAACCCAACCUUUAUUGACUCUUCUCAGGGCCAUCCGUAUAUCUGCCCAGGGAUACAAAACUGCCAACUACUAGCUAGAAAUAAGAAAAGGAGUACUUGUGGCACCUUAGAGACUAACCAAUUUAUUUAAGCAUGAGCUUUAGUGAGCUACAGCUCACUUCAUCGGAUGCACAGAAAUAGCUACUCUACAAAACAGUAGGACAAGGCAGUGAUUUAAAUAGAAAAGCUGUGGGGUUUAUUUUUCUUGCUAUUGGCAGAAUCUGCCUGUUCUGUCAGGUUUGUUUUGGAAAAUGAAAACAAAGAGAGGCAUGUCCAUUUUUCUCCUCCUUAGGGGCUAUUCUUGUUCACAGGCUUCCACCAAAAAAAUGUAUCGGCAUGUUUACAGUAGACAUGUUCCCUCUCAAACAUUGUACCUGCCUGCAUUUAUUGGCAUUUGUUUGUUCCAUCGUUAAACAGAAUAAAUAAUUAAUGGUUUGCAAACCACAUUGCUCAUUAUGAAUCUCUGGAAUCUGAGUGUCCAAGUACAUAAACAUUGUAUUUGUUUUGCAGAAGUAUGCUUAUCCAUAUGUGGUUCUUGGAAAAGUUGUAAAAAAAAAUCCACCUUA